GGAUAUAUAAAGAAACGGAGUUACAUUUGUUUUUUCAUUGUUUCACAAGAUGUAUCUUAUCGUCGGUUUGGUGCUAGUUUCGUGUAUUCUUCACGUCCACGCGAACGAAGUUCCGAUGGAAAUUAAGAACUUGGUCGCGGGAAUACGCGAAAAGUGCCACAGGGAGACCGGAGUCGAUAUCGAACACGUGGAUAGAACAGUCGAGGGAUACUUUCACGAGAGCGAGGUGCUGGGAUGUUAUUUCUCCUGCAUUCUCAACUCGUUCGAUCUGUUGGACCACGAUGGUCACAUUGACUUCGACAAGUUGGUCGUCAGAUUGAAAGGAACCGAUUCGUUCAGGGAGCACGGCAUGGAGAUGGUAGCCGCCUGCCGUGGAACAACGGGAAAGAACCCUUGCGACUCGGCGUUCAAAGUCUUCCAGUGUUUCCAGAAAACCAAUCCAGCGAAAUACUUCGUGAUUUGAGCGGGCUGCUGCUAAACGCACCGCAGUAGAAACGACGACGAGAUAUGUAUAGGCAUCGCAACGAGAAGCGUCUUGAAUUACCCACACACAUUUUUCUCUCCUCUGUACUUUCAACGCUCAUCGAACAAUUAAAAAAUUACCAACAUUGA